CUCUCUCUCUCUCUCUCUUUCCACCCCCUCUCUCUCUAGCUUUCUCUCUCUAGAGGGGGUGGUGAUUCCAUUAUCAACCGCUUCCAGUCUCCGGUCAUUGUUUUUCCAAUUUCAAACCAGAAAACAAAGGAAACAAGAAGAAAUAGAGAGAAGAAACAAAGCCUAACAUUUAGAGAGAGAAGAAACAAAGCCUAAAAUCUAGAGAGAGGGAAAAAGCCCAUCUCUUAAAAGUUUCGGGCCCGCUCACAAUAUUCAAUCCUCUCCCCAUGUCCCUUCCUCCCUCCCUCCCUCCACAUUCUAAAGACCAUGCACCCCACGUCCCAUUAACAAAAUCCCCAACACCCCAACAAAUGCAAAGCCGCAUUUUCUCUCUCUAGAACCACCCACCCCCCUCUCCCCCUCGCCGGAAAGAUCAGGCCCUCACCGGUUUCCGGGAACCGGGAAAAUGGGCUCUCUCUAAAGAACAGGUCUUGUUCCUUAGUAGCUCGAUUUUUCCGGCGACACCGCCACCACCACCACGGCCAUAUCAAAAUGGUUCGAUCCUUUGAGCAAGAGAGAGAGAGGCCCGGCCUCUUGGUGAAGGGCACGGCCGAUAUUAACAGGCAAGCACAUAGCCUAAUUUUGGAUCCUGUGGGAGGAGGGGAGGAGAGGACCCUAUGGAGGAGCCAAGGGUCAAGAGCUCCAUCUGAAAAACUAAGUGAAAACCAGAUUGGUUGGUCCCUGAAAAAAGAGGAAAAGACUCCCAAGUCCAGACUCAGCAAAGACAUUGCCAAUCUAAGGGAUAGGCCGCCCUCAGAUACGGAGUUGAUAAAGGAAAGGUUUGCAAAGUUGUUAUUAGGAGAGGACAUGUCAGGAGGGGGAAAAGGAGUUUCUUCAGCCCUUGCAUUGUCUAAUGCGAUCACUAAUUUAGCUGCAUCUGUGUUUGGGGAGCAAUGGAAGUUGGAGCCAAUGUCAGCAGAGAGGAAGGCUCGGUGGAGGAAGGAGAUCGAUUGGCUUCUCUCAGUCACCGAUCACAUCGUCGAAUUCGUCCCUUCUCAACAAAUAUCAAAGGAUGGAACCAACGUCGAGAUAAUGGUGACCAGGCAGCGAACAGAUCUUCACAUGAACAUCCCUGCCCUCCGCAAGCUUGACGCCAUGCUCAUAGACUAUUUGGAUAGGUUCAAGGACCAGAAUGAAUUUUGGUAUGUCUCCAAAGAUGAAGAGGAGGGAGAGAAAGGAAGCAGGCAGGGUGAUAAAUGGUGGCUCCCAACUGCUAAGGUCCCACCUCAAGGCCUCUCUGAUGUCUCAAGAAAAUGGCUCCAAUUUCAGAAAGAUUCAGUGAACCAGGUUCUCAAGGCAGCCAUGGCCAUUAAUGCACAGGUCCUAUCAGAGAUGGAGAUACCUGAAAAUUACAUUGAAUCCCUACCAAAGAAUGGGCGAGCAAGCCUUGGCGAUUCAAUAUAUCGAAGCAUCACAGUCGAUUUUUUCGAUCCCGAACAAUUCCUCUCGACUCUCGAUCUCUCGACCGAACACAAGAUACUAGACUUAAAGAAUAGGAUUGAAGCCUCAAUUGUGAUAUGGAGGAGGAAAAUGAUUCAUAAGGAUGGGAAAUCCUCAUGGGGCUCAGCAGUAAGCUUGGAAAAGAGGGAAUUGUUUGAAGAGAGAGCAGAGACCAUCUUAGUCCUCCUCAAACAGAGGUUCCCUGGAAUUCCUCAGUCUGUUCUUGACAUAAGCAAAAUCCAGUUCAACAGAGAUGUGGGUCAAUCUGUACUUGAGAGCUACUCAAGAAUACUAGAGAGCCUUGCCUUCACCAUCCUCUCUCGGAUCGAAGACGUCUUCUAUGCCGACUCCCUCACCCAGAACCCCACCGAGGCCGAGGUGGAGCGGAGGCCAUAUUGUGCCAACCCAACCUCCACAUCCCCGCUAUCAAAGUUCCCUAGCCCUGGUGAAGAAAUGGAGAAGCUUGAUGCCAUGGAGAAUGAACAUGCCUUGACCUUAUCAGACUUCAUGGGAUGGAACAUUGAGCAGGAAGCAGACAUGAAGAAAACAGAUGAUCCAGGGAGUUUGGAGGACAUUUUAGGGAAUGGUGAUGGAAAAUUCAUGGUCAAAGCCCCACCAAAUGUAGUGACUAAUAAGAGGGUUUCUUACAUUGAGAAGCUAGAGAAUUUGGGGGGCCUCAGGAGCCCCACAGCUCGCCACUAGGACCCCUCUCUCUCUCUCCUUUUGUUGAAAAGAUAUAAAUGUGUAGAUUUCAAGGGUUCAUUUUAUAAGUUAUAUUGAUUUAUUUGUAACUUAGAUGGCUAGAUCUUGUGUAUAUUUGUGAUAUGGGAUCUGGUGCAGGUGCCUGAGUGUAGACACUUCUCUGAAGUCGGCGCAAAUCCGAACGUAAACACUGAGUUUGUUGUUGAGGCUUCAAAUUGUUGUUGAUGGUCUUGUAUUGGUGUAUUAGUGGACUUGCAACUGAUUUAUCAUAAUGAACCAGUACAUGUUAACAAGAAAAUUCAAUCUAGAAAGAGAGGAUUAAUUUGUUUU